ACAGGGUCCAAUUGGCCGGAAGGACCCAAAGAGAAAUGGCUAUCCUGGUCGUCCGGGUCGUCCUGGAAUAAUGGGGCAUAAAGGAGACAGAGGAGACGCUGUGGGUGUGUCGGGAUCCCCUGGCCCCCCCGGACCCCCGGGACGUCCCGGAAUGUUCAACUGCCCCAAAGGAACAGUUUUUCCCAUCCCUCCCAGACUGCACUGCAAAAAGGCCAUAAAUGGUUCUGAGAAUUCAACAAAUGGGGGGCCGGACUGUCUUUCAUCUGGGACCAAAGGGGUCAAGGGGGAGAGGGGCUUCCCUGGGAUGCCUGCUCCACCACUCACAAUGCUUCCCAAAGGAACUAUGGGGAAUAAAGGGGAGAAGGGCUUCACGGGGGAGAAGGGGGAGAAGGGGGAGGCCGGGUUACCGGGCCCACCUGGUAUGCGUGGGACAUCUGGAAUGGUGGGCCCUCAAGGAGAAACUGUUAUGGGGCCCCCUGGCCAUCCAGGCGUUCCCGGGUCUCCAGGUACUCCGGGGUAUGGGAGACCUGGCCCUCAAGGCCCCCAAGGGCCUCCCGGUCACCCCGGAGCACCCUCUCCAGCUGUGACCGUCCCUGGACCUCAAGGCCCGGCUGGACCUCCUGGGGCCUCUGCCAUGAUGGAGACGUUUCCUUCCAGUGAGGUCAUGAUGCAAAGGACGAUGAACAGCAGAGAGGGGACCCUGAGCUUCAUCACCACGGGGACAGGCAAACUCUACAUCCGGGUACAAGAGGGAUGGAAGGAGGUCCUGCUUGGUAACUUGAUCUACCGCCCAGUCAAUAUCCCUCUACCUGACAAGGCUCAGCCAGGCACGGCCAGAAGAUAUGGUCUCAACCUGGUGGCCCUGAACCAACCCUACACAGGGAACUUUGGUGGCGACGACAUGACAGACAAGCGGUGCUAUGAACAGGCCAUGGCCAUGGGUCUGCCUGCCAGCUACCGAGGCUUCGUAUCCUCAAACAUCCAGACGAUUAAUAAAGACCUGGUCUCCCAGAGGUUCAGACAGAGCUACCCCAUAACCAACCUCAGGGGGGACAUUUUGUUCAGUAACUACAAGUCCAUCUUCACUGGGGGUGGAGGCAAAUUCCCAUCUAACAUCCCAAUCUACUCCUUCGACGGACGGGACGUAAUGGCAGACCCCUUCUGGCCUAAGAAGAGCAUCUGGCAUGGCUCCAAUACGUUUGGCAACCUGUUGGUAGACCGGUCCUGCAAUUCGUGGCAGUCUGACAACAUGUCCAUCAUGGGCCAGUCGUCCAAUCUAGCUUCAGGCUUCCUCCUGGGACAGCAAGCACAAAGCUGUAACAACCAGUUCAUUGUCCUUUGCAUCGAGACCAGAGAGCAUGUUUAACAGACCGCUCCGUCUUCCUCCCAUCCAUCUGCUUUCAUUUUAUCACUCUGGAAAGGUGUAAAUAUAUGUACAUUCCUUUAUGAACAUUUCAUCAUUGUCAUCAACAUAUUCCUCCUCUCCCAUCCUCUGAUUGGUUGGUUGAUUGACUUGAGAUGAGACAGCGGAUACUGUCUGUCGAUACCAGCUCCAAAUCAUGGCUUUGCGGAGUUUUUCAAGCCAACUUUCAAGAUUAUUUCUGACUACAGAUGUUUCUCCGAGUCAAGAUGUUACCUUUCGUCUUCCAGUGAUUGGCCAUGUUUAUUGUUUGUCCUAUUAGGUCAUUCUUUAAGAGAUGUUUGUUCCAUUAGACCAGGGCCGAUAGCACAUUUCACAUGCAUAACCCCCAUAUUCUACAAAGGUGUUCAGUAAAGAAAUCAGUAAAGAAAUGCUGAUGCACUAUAUUAGAUGUGUUUCUACGUACAGUGAUUUCUCAUUCGAGCAACAAUUUCUCUCACUAUUUAAUUUCAAUUCAACGUCUUAUUUAUACCGUAACUACACAUAACGUAAAUGAAUCAAAUGAUUAAGGUUAAGUAUGUAAUUUAUAGAUUGUUUGUCAGGGACUGUUUUAGUUUUUUGUAAUUUUGUUGUACAGCAUUCCUUUUAUGGCGCUAUGAUUUUGAUUUGAUAGGUAGCUAGUUAGAUGUGACUUCAUUCAACAUAAAUUCCACCAAUCACAUAAAAAUUCACCACAAUUUUUUUUUAUAACUUAUGAAAUUCAUAAGAGAUUUGAUCAGUAUAAGUGAGUAUAUUUUAUACAAUCAUUGGUGCUUAUUGAUUAAAAAUGUUUUUCCUUUUCUUAA